AAUCAGAGUGUUCAUUAAACCUUGCCUUCCAGCUACAAGUUUUCACACUGUACACACUUCCACUGGUCUAUCCUCUCAGGAUGAGCCAAACAGGUAUGAUUGCUUCGGUCUGGACCAGUUUGCUGCCUGUCUUCAUUCAACACAUUUCAGAAAUGAAGGCAGAUUGGUGCGUAGUAUGGAGCUGGUUGGUUUUUUUUGUGGCUCUCCUGCACCACAUUCGUGUCUCUGCUCGUCACACAUUCCACAGCUUUACCCUCCCUGCUCCUCCUCCUCUUCCUCCUUACAUGCCUCGAGUCUUUCAUCCAUUCAUUCGGUCCCGUUAAACCCAACCAAUCGUCCCACAGAUCUGUAAGGAGCUGAGCUGAGCGUACUGCAGCCUCAUCUGUUUUUCCCCGCUGCCUGCCUGUCUGCGUGUUCGUUGAUGUCUUAUUUAUAAAUGUACCGGCUGAGAGGAGCUCCACUCCGGGGGCUGCAGUACUCUGCAGCACAGUUAAAAAUGUGUAAAACAGAAGGAGAUGAGUAUUUGCUAACUGCCAGCCAAGUUAAUCAGGAUGUUGAGAAACACUUAAUCCGCUGACUCAUGUUUUCACGCCAGAUGUUUCCUAAUGUUCCAAAGAAAAAGGGCUUGAGAAACAAAUAUUUUUAGAGGAAUUCCCCCCCGUUAUGUGUUUAAUUAGAAGUGGCAGUUGUUUCUCUGCGUUGGUGAUAUCUAAACCUACGAGCUUCCUGUCUGUAAUCUCACCUCUGUGUUUUGUUUGGUUUGGUUUUAAAGAGUGGGGCUAUGAUCACAGCCGCGGAAUAUGGAGAGACAUCAUGGGAGCUGUCGGUACAGAUCGAUCAGAAACAGGGGGACGAGUCCAUGAAAUUUAAGCUGAGGGUGAAGGGAGACUUGCACAUCGGAGGCCUCAUGCUAAAGCUGGUGGAAAAAAUCAAGGCGCCUCAGGACUGGUCCGAUCACGCUCUGUGGUGGGAACAGAGGAAAUGCUGGCUGCUCAAGACCCACUGGACCCUGGACAAGUAUGGAAUUCAGUCGGAUGCUGACCUGCGCUACACACCUCAGCACAAACCUCUGCUGCUGCAGCUUCCCAACAUGAAAACCAUCAAAAUGACCGUCAGCUUCUCCAGCGUGGUCUUCAAGGCGGUGACAGAAAUCUGUCGAACGCUCAACAUCAGAAGACCAGAGGAGCUGUCUCUGCUGAAGCCUCCAGAUGAUCCGUCCAAGAAGAAGAAGAAGAGAGACAAGAACUCGCCUCAGGAGGAACUCUGGGACAUCGAUUUACUCAGCGGAGGUCCAGGAGGAACAGGCCCCAUGUACAGUAAGACCAUGACAGCGACCUACGACCCGGAGAACGGGAUGCCGGUGUCGGCCACCAGCCUCUGGUUUGGAGAAAACCCUCUGGCUGAAAGUCAACCAAACCUGCCGCCUGCUGAGCUCGCAAAGAUGUAUCAGCCGCUGUCGCUGGUGGACAAAGCAAUCAACAAUGCUGGGUGGUUGGACUCGUCUCGUUCCCUCAUGGAGCAGGACAUCCAAGACGACGACAAGCUGCUGCUUCGCUUCAAGUACAACGUCUUCUUUGACCUGAAUCCUAAAUACGACGCUGUGAGGAUAACACAGCUGUACGAACAGGCUCGCUGGUCCAUCCUGCUGGAGGAGAUCGACUGCACUGAGGAGGAGAUGCUCAUGUUUGCUUCAUUACAGUAUCACAUUUGUAAGCUUACCAUGUCAAGCGAGCCGCUGGAUCACUCCAACGAGCCGGAAAUCGAUGAAGUGGAGGCCGCCCUGUCCAACCUGGAGGUGACGUUGGAGGGAGGACACACCGACAAAAUCCUGGAAGACAUUACAGACAUUCCAGAGCUGGCAGAUUCCCUCCGGUUGUUUAGGCCUAAAAGAUUAACGCUGCGGCCCUACAAAGAAUACUGGUUUGUAUUUAAGGACACCACCAUCUCCUACUACAAGAACAAGGAGGCCUCCGUUGGAGAACCGAUAGAGCAGUUUCACCUCCGAGGCUGUGAAGUUGUUCCUGACGUCAACGUCACAGACAAGAAAUUCGGCAUCAAGCUGCUUCUUCCGGUUGCCGACGGGAUGAACGAGGUUUACAUCCGAUGUGACAAUGAAAUACAAUACGCCAAGUGGAAAGCCGCCUGCAUCCUGGCCUCAAAAGGCAAGACGAUGGCCUACAGCUCCUACAAGUCGGAGGUGAGGAGCAUCCAGUCCUUCCUGCAGAUGAAGAGCCUGGCGCCCCCUCCUGGUCAGGCAGCUCCCGAUCUGGACGCCAUGGAGAUGAACGCCGAGUGUUUUGUUUCUCCACGUUAUGCCAAAAAGCACAAGACCAAACAGCUGACAGCACGUAUCCUGGAGGCGCAUCAGAACAUCGCACGGCUGUCGCUAAUGGAGGCCAAGAUGCGUUUCAUCCAGGCCUGGCAGUCGCUCCCAGAGUUUGGCAUCAACUACUACAUAGUCAGGUUCAAAGGCAGCAAGAAGGAUGAGAUUCUGGGGAUUUCGUACAACCGGAUGAUUCGCAUCGACAUGUCCUCUGGUCUGCCCGUCACCACGUGGAGGUUCGCCAACAUGAAGCAGUGGAACGUCAACUGGGAGAUCAGACAGGUGACCAUAGAAUUUGACCAGAAUGUGACGAUAGCUUUCUGCUGCCUGAGCUGCGACUGCAAAGUGGUGCACGAGUUCAUCGGCGGCUACAUCUUCCUCUCGACGCGAUCGAAGGACCAGAACGAAACGCUAGACGAAGAACUGUUCCAUAAACUUACAGGAGGCCAAGAAUGAGCACACAGGUGGUGGCUUUUUAGAGUGUAUUUCUGUUAUUUAGAGACAGACGAGUGAGAAAUUAAAGAAAAAAUACAAGAUAAAGUUUCUGAGAAAAGUGUUGGGCUUCUUUACGCACCUUGACAUUGAUUCUCUGAGCCUCUAAAACUCUACUGGAGGGACGAAUUAAGCAUUUUUUCCUGUUUUUUUUAAAACAUUUUUUAGCAAAACACUACCAAAUCUCCUCAUAGGAGUUUAGGUUUUUCCUUUAAUUUGUCACCCAUCUGUAUAUGUUUUAGUGUGAAAGUGCAGCAGCCGUAACCACAAACACUGAGCAAAUCACUGCCAAAGAACACAUCAGAGAAAAAUGCUUUUUCACCCACAGGACAGUGUCUUUAGUUGUUUUUGUAUCAUUAUGUGUCCUGCACUAGAAAAGAUAGUGUUGAUGUAAAUAUGUAGCCAAGAUUUGUCUUUCUCCUAAAACUUGGAUGUUUGUAAGAAGUUUUUUUUUUUCUAAGGUGAAGAAACUGAACAAAAGCCAUUAAAGGGUGUUUUUAUAUUUUACAA